AUGGCGUCAGGGUAUAUACUAAAUCGUGGUGCGCUAACGUUAGGCAUUCAUUGUCAGCGUGUCUGCAGAAAUGUAUCAGUGACACAGGUCAGAGAGAAGAAGCGAUGGAUGAGAGCGUACACAUACCUCAUGGAGAAGAAGUUGAAGCUCGAAGGACCUCCGCCGCCGAAGCCACGGUCACAACUGCCUAACUGGGAUUACCAUGCAGAGGUUCAGGCUUUCAGCAAUCGCCUCCAUGAGAACUUCUCCCUGGAGCUUCUGAAAACAGCCUUCAUCAAUCCCUGUUACCUUCAGGCAGAGCAAGAGAGGAGACGGGGGUUAGGCGUGGACUCUGAGGCCACCGCUCUUGUUCUGAAAGAUAACAUUCAGCUUAGUACAACAGGAGUGGCUUUCACCAAAAGCUUCCUGACUGACUGGUGCAGGGCCAGCUUCCCGAGCCUGCCGAGUGAGGGGGUGGAGGGUAUCGUAGGGCACCUUACCAGUCUAACAGUUGUCACCCAUGUAGCGAGAAAUCUUGGCAUUGAAGACUUAACCAUGAGUGCAGAGUGCCCUGUUCCUGAUGAUGUGAUUCAUCAUACAUUCAUGGCGGUGAUUGGAGCACUGGAGAAGAGCAGUGGAGCAGAGCGAACUGGAUUUUUCCUCAGGGAUUUCCUGGCCACUCAGCUAAUUGGGAAGGACCUGUUUGAUAUGUGGACAGUUGUCAAUCCCAUGGGGCUACUCGUGGAGGAGCUUACUAAGAGGAACGUUGCUCUGCCAGAGCCUCGCCUCAUCAGGGCUGCCGGAGCCAGCACUGUCCUGCCACUAUACUUUGUGGGCUUAUACAGUGACAAGAAGCUGCUGGCUCAGGGUCCAGGAGAGACACUCGUUGCAGCAGAGGAAGAGGCGGCUCGUGUGGCCCUUCGUAAAAUCUAUGGCUACAUGGAAAACCGCAGACCCUCUGACUUCUCUCCACCACCACAGCAGCAUCAGCAGCCACUUAUUCAAUCAGUCAGCAGUAAUUAAUGAUGUGACAACUCCCAUGCUGUGGACUACAGACUGGCUAUGGAUUGUAUGGAUCAUUGUUGUUUCAGUUGUCAAUUUGAACAUCCGUUUCCCUCAGACAAAGGAAAGCAAAAUAAGCCUUAUUUUCCACAAUUUGACUGGUUACAUAGCUUAGCUCAGCUGAUGACCUACAGUAUAGGUUCAGUUGUCCAUAGCAAAAAAUAGCUCUUGUCUGGUUGUCUUUGUAAAUAUUCUGAUUGACAUCUGUUAUGUUAUUCAUCUGUAAUAAAAAUAAGUAUGUAAGUACUUCA